CGAAUAGUAAUGAACGAACCGUAUGGUACGGUACGAUACUCGUACCUCAUUUGCGUUCGGUCGAGUGUGACCCAUGAUGGAUUUUUUGGAUGCGAAGACAUAAAAAAAUACUUGUAAUUCAGUUCUCACUUUUCUGAUUACUAGCGACGAAUCAAAGCAAAAGAUUACGAUGUCGAGCACUGUAUCCUACUUACUUACCGGAGACRUCGGUGGAACGAACAGCCGUAUGGGGUUGUAUCACGUUGGGAACGACACACCACUGGGGGUCGUAUAUUACCGUAACGCUGAGCACUUGACCAAGAGAGAAGAUGGGAUUUUCCAGAAAAAGAUAAUUUACCCUUUUUUGAAACAUAUCUGGGAUACAGUCCCAAACAURCCGCCUAUCGAACUGGCAGAAAUCAUUGCAUGCUUCGCUAUUGCUGGACCCGUCAAAGACAACAAGGUAAUCAUGUCGAAUCUGCACGGUAUCGAAAUAUGUGGGGACUCCAUCGUUGACGGGACKUAUGAUUGUGGCGAAGAAGGAAAUUUUUUCUUGAAAUCCAUCUGUGAUUGCAAAAUCAUCAAUGACUUUGUUGCGCAAGGAUWUGGUUGCUUGACCCUUCAGCCUGACGAAGUCAUUGAGCUGACCCCGGGUGCCCUCAACAAAAUAGACCCGACCGGCCCAAAAGCAUGCAUCGGUGCGGGAACCGGAUUGGGAGAAUGCUUUUUGACACCCGACGAGCGGGGCAACUAUUCUUGUUUUCCUUCCGAGGGAGGACAUGUUGACUGGGCUCCRCGAACAGACGUCGAGAUCAAAUUGUUGCAGUUUCUGAAAGAACGAUUUGCAGGCAAGAAUCGUGUCAGUGUAGAACGUGUCGUCUCUGGCACUGGUCUGGGGAACUGCUAUGAUUUCUUUGCUCGUGAAUACCCCAAAAAAAUCAACAAAGCGGUUCACAAAGAGAUUUUGGAAUCUGGUGAUAUGAAGGGCAGAGCAGUUGCCAUGGGCGUGGAGAAAUGUGAACGUACGUGGUUUCUAGAUUCAUUCUUGCGUGCAGGUUUGCUCUCGAAAUGAUAAAGCAUUGAUACCAUUGACCAAUCUAGCUCACGAAAGAACGAUUCAUGAUGACAUUGCAUGCAAUCGUAAUUUGAUACGAACUGUUGUCGAAAUUCCUCACUUUUUUGUCCGAUUGUUCUUGAUUGUUUUCCAGUUUGCCGUAGUGCAAUGGAAACGAUGAUUACGUACGUAUCGAUUCGCUUGUAACGCAGUGCAAAAAUCAUGGUUUCUUUAUUUCAUGAAAUURUAAGGCAUGCCCCAAUCAUGACUGACACUUUGAUGCGUGAUGUUUCGUAUUUUUCUUUUCUUUUACAGUGCGUAUGGUUCAGAAUGUGGCAAUGUUGGCAUCAAACUCAUUCCAACUGGUGGUCUUUAUGUCACAGGUGGGUUGACCCCAAAGAAUAUCAAGUGGAUUGAGGGUAAGGAUAGCCWUUUCAUCAAAKCAUUCUAUGAUAAGGGGAGGGUUUCUCCACUCCUCGAUAACGUUCCUCUUAUUGCCGUUAUGGUGGAAGAUAUGGGAGUCCGUGGGGCCCGAAAAAGUGCUGAAAUUGUACGUUCAUCAAUAAAAKURGGUGUCCUUGGUAUCCUUUCUCUUUUCCAUACUCAUGUUUCUUUACUCGUUUCUUCCCCCUAUUAAUAGCAACACGAGAUGUUCGAGGCCAGAAAAGCUGCGCUACUCAAUAGGAAUCCUAUUCAUCCGCCCUCGUCGUUGAAGUUGGAUUCAAUGGCAGCAGGAUCCAAUGAUCCAGUAACAGCUCGCUUGMUAAAGCUGGAAAAGGAUGUAGAAGAAWCAAAAACAUUGGCGAAGAUGAGCAUGGCAUUGACCAUCGGAGUCGUUGCGGGAUUCGCAUUGAUGAAAAACAGAUAAAACAACUACCAUGCCAUAGAAUCGACAAAGUCGGACACUCGCAGGAUCUGCUGGCUGUUAUGUGCAGCUCUCCGAGUUCAUGCCGUCCUUUUCAUCGUUAURUAUACUCUGCUCUUAGAUGAAUCGAAAGUAUCGGCCUAUUCAACAUACCAUUUCUAAUACUU